UCGGUUUUCUUUGGGGACGCAACAAAAGUCCCUCUUUUCGAGCUCCCGGGCGAGCCCUCACGCCAGAAACCCUAGGCCCCGGUUAAAAUCGAGUCCAAUCCGCUAAUCUUCUUCCGUUUCCUUGCUCGUUGUCCCUGUCAGUCCAUUGCUGCGUCAAAUUCCGUAUCUGAGGUUGGAGAGCCUGUGGCGUGAUGGAGGGCUUCAUGUUCUCGAGUCCGAUGAUCAUUUCUCCAGUUGAUGUGGAGCCUCGCAUUGCUGAUGUCGAUGAAAUGAUAGAAAGCUCUGUUGGGAGAGAAUUGUUUGAGCCGAUUUUGGAACCAUAUGAAGGCAUGGAAUUCGAAUCUGAAGAGGCUGCCAGGGCAUUUUAUCAUACAUAUGCAUCUCAGAUGGGUUUCAAAGCACGCGUUAGCUCAUUUAUCCGUUCAAAACGUGACAAAACAAUUAUUUCUCGGCAACUUGUAUGCUCAAGAGAGGGUUUUCGUUCAACAAAAGAUACAAAUGGUGAAGGCAGAACUAAACGGCCUAGAAUAAUAACUAGAGUUGGCUGUAGAGCUAUGAUUAUGGUGAAGAAGCAAAGCUCUGGAAAAUGGGUGGUCACAAAGUGCGAAAAGAUACAUAAUCAUGUUCUUGGUACACAAGGGAAAGUGGUGAUGCUGGAUUAUGAUCCAUAUCUCCAUGAGGAUGAAGAAGUGAUAGAAAACCCAGUGGGGAAUGAAACAAGUAUGAACAGUGGAGCAAUAAGUGAUGAGAUGGUAGUCCUUCCACCUGAGGGGGAACCUGGUCUUGAACCUCAUGAAGGAAUGGAGUUUGAGUCGGAACAUGAAGCACAGAUAUUCUAUAAAGAGUAUGCAAAACGUGCAGGAUUUAGAGCCCGAAUUAGCUCAUACUAUCGAUCAAAACGUGAUAAUUCAAUAAUCUCUCGGUUGCUUGUGUGUUCAAAGGAAGGAUUUCGUGCAAAGAAAGAUGAAAAUGCUGAAGAGAGACUUCAACGACCUAGAGCUGUUACAAGGAUUGGCUGUAAGGCGAUGAUAAUGGUGAAGAAGCGAGAUUCUGGAAAAUGGACUGUUUCAAAGCUAGUCAAGCAUCAUAAUCAUGAAUUGAUUCCAAGAUCAGCAUCAGAUGAUGAGUGCUCAGCGGAAGAGGAUGAUGAGUUAGUUGAAAUGGAACGGGCCUUCGUUUUACAUGAGGGCGAUGCUAUUACUGAACCAUAUGAGGGCAUGGAAUUUGAGUCUGAAGAUGAUGCAAAGAUAUUUUAUAUUGCAUAUUCAAGGCACAUUGGCUUUAACAUGCGUGUUAGUACAUACUACCGGUCAAAGCGAGAUAAAUCAAUCAUAUCUCGUUUAUUUGUGUGCUCAAAGGAGGGAUUCUAUGUGAAGAAAGAUAUGGGUGGCGAGAGUAAGAUAAAAAGACCUCGAGAAGCCACCAGGGUAGGCUGCAAAGCGAUGCUUAUGGUAAAGAAGAAUAAUUCUGGAAAGUGGGUUGUUUCAAAAUUUGAAAAAGAUCACAAUCACCCGCUUGGUUCUUUAAGCAAAAUAAGGAAGUUUCGAAAACAGAAGCUUUUAUCUGGUAGUCCAGAGGAGAUCCAGCUUGAACUAAACCAUAAUGGUAGGGAGUCACCAACUACUCGAUACAACAACUUGUGUCGUGAAGCCAUGAAAUAUGCUGAAGUUGGUGCAGCAUCUCCAGAUGUUUACAGUGUGGCAAUGCAUGCUCUACGAGAGGCUGUCGAGAAAGUUACAGCUAUUAAAAGAAAGGCAGGUGGAGUUGCAGAUCUUGGACCAGUUGUAGGUAAAUGUAGUAUAGAGAAUAGGAAUAAACAGGACAGCCAGAUUGAGCCUUCUACGCAUCUCAAUCAACAAUCUAGAACAAGAUCACACCCUUCAGAAAGCCGGUCCAAGUCAAGUUAUGACAGGCCUCCUCGGAAGAUGAGAAUCUGCAACUCAGGCAAGCAGCCUAGGGAUCAUAUCGGUAGGAGUUGUCCAUCAAAGCAGGUGCAGUUGCAGCAGAUCGACAUAGUUCCUCAUGAAUCAGUUAAUAUGCUAUUUGAUGAACCAGUCAAUGAGCUCAUCCAGAAGGGUGAUGGAUAAUAUAUAAUCAUGUAUAUCAACAGUAUAGAUGUAAAUGUAGAUACAGGUAUACUAGAUUAUGGUGACAGCUUGAAUAGAUGGCUCAUGUCUCGAUCACUAUCCACCGGUGCUGUGUAUUCAGAUACUGAUUGGUCAGAGCUCAGAGGUAAUCAGUUUUGGACAAAGGGCAGUUGUACUUAACAUGAAGGAUAAUUUCAUCUUCUAAAAUCUAAAUGACAAUUCUUUCUUUUCCUGCUAAACAAGUAUAUUAUAGUCUCCAAGUUGAUACAUACUAGUAAGAAGAAGAAUAUAUACAAGUUUGCUGUUGUUGUGGAGCAGAUUCAGAUGUAAUGUCAAGGGCCUAUAUGUCAUCUGUGAACACAAACAGCUAACCAAUAGCAUCUCAGUACCUAUCUAAGUUGUUACCUAUCAAAAAAGAAGAACAUGUACUGUUGUUGAGCA